AUGCCAACAAAUAGUUAUAAAAUUAAUCCUAAAGCUACUAAAUCUAUUCAUUACACAUUAUAUUAUGGUACAUUUAUUCAUACCCCUGAUUUAACCACUUUAGAAAUCAAUUUCAAUACAUUAGUGGGAGUUAAUGAACAAGGUACAAUUGAUUUUAUUCAUAAAGAUUAUGAUGCAUCGCUUUAUAAUAAUAAAUCUCCUAUACAAUUCUUUAUUGAUCAAAGAGAACACCCCCACAGUCAACCACAUCAGGAAAAUCAUGGCCAACAACGAUAUCAACAUUUUGAAUUUGUUGAUUAUUCCCAUGAUUUAACGAAAUUUUUUAUACCAGGAUUUAUUGAUACACAUAUUCAUGCAUCACAAUAUCCUAAUAUUGGUAUUGGAUUAGGUACUCCAUUAUUAGAUUGGUUAAAAAAAUAUACUUUCCCCUUGGAAAAUCAUUUUUGUCAAUCUGGACAGGAGCAACAGCAAGAACAAGAACAAGAAACAAAGUUACAAUUUGCUAAUGAAAUUUAUAAUCAAGUUAUACAAAGAACUUUAGAAAAUGGUACUACAUGUGCAUCAUACUUUACUACUAUUGAUCCGGAAACAACAAAUUUAUUUGCCGAAUUAUUAUUAAUUAAUGGACAACGAGGAUUUGUUGGUAAAGUAUGUAUGGAUCAUAAUGAACCAUAUCAAGAAUAUCAAGAAUCAAUUGAAGAUUGUGAAAAAUCCAUGCACAAAAUAAUCAAUCAUAUUGAAAAACUUAAUACCAAUACCAAUACCAAUAAAAAUUUAGUGACACCUAUAAUCACACCAAGAUUUGCCCCUGUAUGUUCUGAUAAAAUAUUAAAAUUUUUAGGUGAAUUAAGUCAUGAAAAAAAUUUACCAAUUCAAACUCAUAUUAGUGAAAAUAAACAAGAAAUUGAAUUAGUUGAUAAAUUAUUUCCCGAUUGUGAAAAUUAUGCUUCAGUUUAUAAUAAAUUUAAUUUAUUAACUAAUAAAACCAUUUUAGCUCAUGCUAUUCAUUUAACCCCUAAAGAAUGUCAAUUAAUUAAAUUGAAAAAUUGUUCAAUUAGUCAUUGUCCAACUUCAAAUACUUUUUUAUCAAGUGGUGAAGCUCCAAUUUAUAAAUAUUUAUAUCAUGAUAAUAUUAAUGUUUCUUUAGGAACUGAUGUUAGUGGUGGAUUUGAUUAUUCAAUUUUACAAAUCAUUAAACAUGCAAUUUUAGUUAGUCAUCAUUUAAACAUGCACAAAUCAAAUACAACCACAAACACAACCACCAAAAAUGAUGUUGAUGAAAGGUUAUCUAUUAAAGAUGGGAUAUAUAUGGCUACAAUGGGUGGAGCAAAAGCUGUUGGAUUACAAGAUAUUAUUGGUUCAUUUGAAAUUGGUAAACAAUUUGAUGUUCAAUUAAUUGAUUUACUGACAAGACAAAUCAAUUAUCAUUAUCACAGCCACAAUCACAACCACAAUCACAAUCACAAUCACAAUUAUAAUUAUAAUUAUACCAUCCCUACUAUUUCUGAUAAUUCAUCAAGAAUUGAUAUUUUCAAUUGGCAAUACCCUGUUAAUAAAGAUUUAGAUAAAAUGAAGGAUUUAUUAGGAAAAUGGAUAUUUAAUGGUGAUGAUAGAAAUUGUAUAAAAGUUUGGUGUAACGGAAGAUUGGUGAUUAAUAAAGAAAAAUAUAAUCAUCGUGAUGAUCGAUGGGUGAUUACUAAUAGUAACGGCCACAAUAGUGAUCGCUUCACUACAAACACAAACACAACCACAACCACAAACACAACCACGGCUACCAACACAGCUACAACCACACAAAUGAAUGGGAAUCAAGAUAAUUGGGAAUAUGUAUAA